GGGAGUUGCGGAGCCCAGUCGCCGAGCAGUAGCCGCAGCAGUGGGAUGUUUACCUGGCGGUGCCUCAUCCUUUGGGCUGUGCUGGUCACAGCCGCGCUCUCAGCUGCCAGGCCGGCCCCCACCCUGCCCGACCAAGAUGCGCUCCCCUCCGCAGAGGAUGAUGAUGACGAAGAUGAUUCCUCUUCGGAGGAGAAGGAGGCGGAUAACACCAAGCCAAACCAGGCCAUUGCUCCCUACUGGACCUAUCCCGAGAAGAUGGAGAAGAAGCUCCACGCUGUCCCCGCCGCCAAAACGGUGAAAUUCAAGUGUCCGUCGAGCGGAACGCCCAACCCCACGCUGCGCUGGCUGAAGAAUGGCAAGGAGUUCAAACCCGACCACCGCAUCGGGGGGUACAAGGUCCGCUACGCGACCUGGAGCAUCAUCAUGGACUCGGUGGUGCCGUCUGAUAAGGGCAACUACACGUGCAUCGUGGAGAACAAAUACGGGAGCAUCAACCACACCUACCAGCUGGAUGUCGUGGAGCGGUCCCCGCACCGGCCCAUCCUGCAGGCAGGGCUGCCUGCCAACAAGACGGUGGCCCUAGGCAGCAACGUGGAGUUUGUCUGCAAGGUCUACAGUGACCCCCAGCCCCACAUCCAGUGGCUGAAGCACAUCGAGGUGAACGGCAGCAAGAUCGGCCCCGACAACCUGCCCUACGUGCAGAUCCUGAAGACGGCUGGCGUUAACACAACAGACAAAGAAAUGGAAGUCCUUCACUUAAGGAAUGUCUCAUUUGAGGAUGCUGGGGAGUAUACAUGUUUGGCGGGUAAUUCUAUUGGGAUCUCCCAUCACUCUGCAUGGUUGACAGUUCUCGAAGCUAUUGAAGACACCCCAGCCAUGAUGACAUCCCCCCUCUACCUGGAGAUCAUCAUUUACUGCACUGGGGCGUUCCUCAUCUCCUGCAUGGUGGUGACCGUCAUCAUCUACAAGAUGAAGAGCACCACCAAGAAGACAGACUUCAACAGCCAGCUGGCCGUGCACAAGCUGGCCAAGAGCAUCCCCCUGCGCAGACAGGUGUCGGCCGACUCCAGCUCUUCCAUGAACUCAGGCGUGAUGCUGGUCCGGCCCUCGCGGCUCUCCUCCAGCGGCACCCCCAUGCUGGCCGGCGUCUCCGAGUACGAGCUCCCCGAGGACCCGCGCUGGGAGCUGCCCCGGGACAGGCUGAUCCUGGGCAAGCCUCUGGGAGAAGGGUGCUUCGGGCAGGUGGUGCUGGCAGAAGCCAUCGGCCUCGACAAGGACAAGCCAAACCGUGUGACCAAGGUGGCGGAGAGGAUGCUUUUAGCCGACGCCACGGAGAAGGACUUGUCUGACCUCAUCUCUGAGAUGGAGAUGAUGAAGAUGAUUGGCAAGCACAAGAACAUCAUCAACCUGCUGGGAGCCUGCACGCAGGACGGACCCCUCUAUGUGAUCGUGGAGUACGCGAGCAAAGGCAACCUGCGGGAGUAUCUGCAAGCCCGGCGGCCCCCCGGCAUGGAGUACUGCUACAACCCCACCCGCGUCCCCGAGGAGCAGCUCUCCUUCAAGGACCUGGUCUCCUGUGCCUACCAGGUGGCCCGGGGCAUGGAGUACCUGGCCUCCAAGAAGUGCAUCCACAGGGACCUGGCGGCCAGGAACGUCCUGGUGACUGAGGACAAUGUGAUGAAGAUCGCUGACUUCGGUCUGGCCCGUGACAUCCACCACAUAGAUUACUACAAGAAGACGACAAACGGUCGCCUGCCGGUGAAGUGGAUGGCCCCAGAGGCUCUCUUCGACCGAAUAUACACUCAUCAGAGCGACGUGUGGUCCUUCGGCGUGCUGCUAUGGGAGAUCUUCACACUGGGCGGCUCGCCCUACCCCGGCGUGCCAGUCGAGGAGCUCUUCAAGCUGCUGAAGGAAGGUCACAGGAUGGACAAGCCCAGCAACUGCACCAACGAGCUGUACAUGAUGAUGCGGGAUUGCUGGCACGCCGUCCCCUCCCAGAGACCCACCUUCAAGCAGCUGGUGGAAGACCUGGAUAGGAUUGUGGCCAUGACCUCCAACCAGGAGUACCUGGACCUCUCCAUGCCGCUGGAUCAGUAUUCUCCCGGCUUCCCGGACACCCGCAGCUCCACCUGCUCCUCAGGAGAGGACUCUGUUUUUUCCCACGACCCUCUUCCAGACGAGCCGUGCCUUCCCAAGUUCCCCCCUCAGCACACCAACGGCGGACUGAAGCGACACUGAGGGUGGCACUGCCAGCAGGGACUGCCAUGCCGUGCCCGUGCCCGCGGGCUGCCGGCGGAUGCUGCCUGCGCAGCCCGGUCAUGCUGAGCUAUUGCAGAAAGGGUUCAGAGACACAACCGUAGCAUCUCACGUAACCAAACCCACCCACCUCUCAUGCCAGCUUCUCCUGCCGCCUUAGUUGUGAGCUCUCUGCAGCCCAAAGGUUUUGUUCUGGUGUUUUUUUGGUGUUUCCUUUUUCUUUUUAAAAAAACCUCUUUUCCAUGAAGUCUGUGCUUGAAUAUUUCCACUUGGUUAAGCUGAAAUCCUCUCCUGUGGGCAGCGCCCAGCCAGGGAGCCAGCCACCCUUCCCGGGAUGGCACGUCCUGGCAGGGCAUGGAGAGCCGGGCUUACCUGCGACUUGGAGAACUCGCUAAGCCGAGGCCAGCGCCGGGUUUCUGCGGCCACGCGAGCUGGGGAGGAGCAUCGGUGUGCCAGAAGCCUCGCUGGCAUGGCCAGCCGGCGCGGGAGUCCUGCCGGCGCGGCGCUCGCUGCCCGAGAUGCUCUGGGGCUGGUCCCGCAGCUCAGCAGUGCCAGCACCGAUGGGCUUUGCUGACCAAACCCCUGGUACCUUGGAAGUGGGAGGUGCAGCGUAUACAUGGCUCAGCACUGAUAGUAGAGGCAGCCAAAUACACCAGUGCUAAAAACGAAA